CAAACAUGCGUGAUUUUUUUUGCGUGAAGGAAUCGACAAACGUCCGACUGCGCCAGACACUCAAAUUUACCAGAUUAUUUUUCGAGUGGGUUAUGAUGGCGUGAUGUUUUCAAAACAUACAUAUACAUAUGCGAAUAUGAGCAUGCUCACCUUACUGCUGUCAGCGCACUUUGUUUCAUUCCAAUGUUGAUAUUAAAUAUUUCGUGAGGUGGGAUUUAUAAAUGUUAUUUGGGUGUUUUAAUUUGUGCUGUUGAAGUUGACUUUAAAUUAAUUUCCAGGCUAAAUUUAUGUUGAUAAUGGGUAAACUCACUGUUGUACCAAUCCAUCAUAAUCAAGAACUGUUAGAGGAUUGUGUUCUUCUGAUUAAUUCGGAAUGGCCUCGUAGCUUCAGUGCCCGCAUGUGGAGUUUGCAAGCAUCAAAAGAUACACUUCCCACAAGUUUGGUUCUAAUCGAGAAAGAUGAACCUCAAAAUGCUAAACCGACGGUUCUCGCUCACGCCAAACUGUCUGUUAUCCCAUCCGAUCAGGAAGCUGUAUUCAUCGAAUCGGUAGUUGUUGAUAGUCGUCGACGCGGUCAAGGUCUUGGGCGACUUUUAAUGAUGGCGUCUGAGCAGCAUUGCUUUGGUGUUUUGAAACUGAAAACAAUUUAUCUCUCCACUAUCGACAAACAAGCCUUUUACUCGAAGCUAGGAUACCAGCUUUGUAAUGCUAUCAGUAUAUUUGGUACUAGAACUGCUCCAAACAACAGUACUAAAAAAUAUGGAUGAAAAAACGAUGGA